AUGACUCUAACUGAAGGCAUAAGAUGGAUUCCAGUCGGUUCAUCAAGUGCAAAAGCUGGUUUACCAUCAGAAAAUAAAGGUAGUGAUGAUCAUCUUAUAUCGAUUUUAGUUUCACAUUGUAUGGAUGGUAUCAAAAAUCGCGAUGAAACAGAUAUUGAUUGUGGUGGCAUUAAAUGUCCAAAAUGUGAAGAUACACAGACUUGCAAAGGUGAUUGUGAUUGUAUCAGCGAAAUUUGCAAAAACAACGUGUGUAUUCCGGCUGAAUCAUGUAAAGACGAUAUCAAAAAUCAAGAUGAGACGGAUAGUGAUUGUGGUGGGAACAAAUGUCCAAAAUGUGAAGAUGAAAAGAUUUGUCACGAGGAUUGUGAUUGUCUUAGUCGCGAGUGCAAAAAUAAUACCUGUGUUCGUAAGUAUCGAACUUUUACUUUUACGUUAUAUGUGGACAGUGAAGAGAAGAGUAACGAAUACAUUGUUGAUAAAGCAAGUCUAUGGUUAGCUGAGACAAAGAUUUGUAACGAUUGA